AAAGCCGCACGCUACCAAAAUUUCGUCCAACAUAAUUGUGGUGUGAAUGGCAAGGCCAACCUACCCAAUUACCCAUCAUUUUGAAUUUUCAAUAUUCUCAGAAGUCCAUCAAAAUCAUUGACUUGGAAGCCGUCCCCAGUGCGCAGGGAACGGAUGCUAAAACAGCACGAGGUUGUCCUUGGCAUUCCUUACUUGAAACAAUGUGGCUUUUUGGGAGCUAAAAGCGCCUGACAGAGUUGACUGCCCUUAGCAUUCCCCUUACUGGCAAAGGAAACGUAAACAUAAACACCAGCCAGCCGCCUGGUAGUCAUCCGCCAUGCUCAAUCCCACCGUAAUCCUGUCAUCCAUAAUCUUCUGCUUACAUGUCCUAAUAACCCAGUCCCAAAUCAACACCUCCUAUUACAGUCUUUGUUCUCCUUUCAAGUGUGGCGACAUAACCUUCCCCUUCCCCUUCUCUAAUCAACGCACUUUCGGUUCAAGCCCCAUAGACUGCGGCUUCCCUGGCUACCAAAUCAUAUGCGAUGAUCAGGAAUCUUCCCAACUUCCCAAGCUCAUGCUCUCAAAUAGCAAACUCUACCAAGUCAAAAACAUCUUCCUCAACGAGUCCGAUGAAGGUGGAGUGAAUCUGAUCACCUUGGUAGAUACUGAUCUCAUCCGGGACUUCACCACCGGUUCAUGCCAGUCUUUGCGCAACCUUACAAUUCCUGACUUUGGUAUUGAGAAUUACUACCCUCUUGGGCUCCCUCCUUGGAUUACUAACUUGACAUUCUUCAAGUGCCCAUCUCAGCUUGAGCCUUCUCAAGACUUUAUGGACCAAAUCGCUUUUAACUACAGUUGCAAUAAUGAAGGAAACCAGCUUUAUCUUUGGAGAAAUGUGAUUAGGAGUCAAGCGCGUCCAAUACCACGACAGUUCAACUAUUCGUUAACUCCAAGGGAUUGCAACCUGGUUAUGGUGCCUGUAUCCAGUGCCGAUAUGAUAAUCAUGUUCACAAAUGUUAGUAGUGUUGCUAACGGUGAUAUAGAGUCGAGUCAGCUGACUAAAGCGUUGGCUGCAGGGUUUCCAUUGCAAUGGAAGAGUUCCGAGGAUUGUGAGAGUUGCAAGAAGACAAACGGACGUUGUGGAUUUGACGCGGUAAAAGUUGUUUGCAUCUGUCGGGAUGGCUGUACCUCCACCAAGCCACAAAAACUUUCAAAACUGCAGAAGGUUAUUAUAGGUGUUGCAAGUGGAAGUUGCUCGAUUGUUGUAAUUAUAGUCCUCCUACUUGUCUGCAAGAAGAGAGCUUCACUAAUCUUUAGUGCCUAUUUGGAGAAGAAUCAAACCACUUCAGAUGGAACAAGUGCCAAAGAAUUCAUUAAAACGUACAGGUCAAAUUUGUUGAACAACUACUCCUACAACGAUAUCAAGAAGAUGACAAAUGGAUUCAAGGAUAAACUAGGUGAAGGGGGAUAUGGUAAUGUCUACAAGGGAAAAUUAUUUGAUGAUCGCAUCAUUGCUGUGAAGUUGUUCAAGUCUGCUGACAGUAGUGGCCACAAUUUCAUUACAGAAGUUGCCACCAUAGGUAGGAUACAUCAUUUUAAUGUUGUUAAUUUAUUGGGUUUCUGUUGGGAUGGUUCAAAACAAGCUCUUAUCUACGAAUACAUGUCUAACGGAUCACUAGCGGAUUUACUGUCGAAAGAAGAAGUGAACCGUUCGCUCGGACUGGCUAAGCUUAUUGAAAUUGCGGUUGGAGUUGCAAAAGGGAUAGAGUACUUGCACAAUGGUUGUGAAUCACGGAUCUUGCAUCUUGACAUAAAGCCUCAAAAUGUUCUGCUAGACCAGAGUUUGAACCCCAAAAUAUCUGAUUUUGGAUUAGCCAAAGUAUACUCUCGAAACCAUAGCAAUGUCACGAUGACAGGUGCAAGAGGAACUAUUGGCUAUAUUGCUCCUGAGAUUUUCAUGAGAAAUCUCGGGAAUCCUUCUCAUAAAUCUGAUGUUUAUAGCUAUGGGAUGCUACUGUUAGAGAUGGUAGGAUGGAGGCAGCGUUUCAAACCAAUAACCAGCAGUACUAGUUCCAGUACUGAAGCUUACUUCCCUGGAUGGAUUUAUGAGAAGCUCGUGGAAGAGAAGGAUAUUAUGCAACAAGCUGAUUUUGUGGUGGAAGAGAGUUAUUUAAUAGCAAGGAAGAUAAUAAUGGUGGGUUUAUGGUGCAUCCAAAUCAAUCAGAGAGAUCGUCCCUCAAUGAUAAGAGUUGUGGAAAUGUUGAGUGGGCGUAUCGAAGACAUUGAAAUGCCUCCUAAGCCCUCGUUUAUGUUUUCUCCUCCUCAUCAAGAACUAUUUGAGAAUGAAAUCACCUCAAUCGGAAGUGAUUCCAGUGCCAUACCACUCACACAUGAUGAAAGUCUUGAAAUAUAAAACUGAAAUACAUGAAAACAUGUUUUUCCCCCUUUUUUUUUAUUAUUGUUCUUCUCUGUUCCUAGCUAAUGAUAGCUUUAAGCUUGCAGCGGUUGGCUAACAUACAAGGUUCUGUUGGCACAAAGCCGAAUAAUCUAUUUAGAGGUUGAAUUAAAAUUUGGUAUAUCUAAAAUCAAAAUAAUCUAUUUAGAGGUCUCCAAGAUUUUUUUUUUUCUGUUCUUUCGGUUGAGAAGUCAUAUACAAACAAAGGCUUAUCAAAAGCCAAGGGGCCCAAGUGCCACUGUUCGCACGUGUCUUGUUAGUCCACAUAUUUAGAAGUCCGAAAUACUAUUUUUGGAAAUUUUAGAAUUUUGAUGAAAGAUUUCAA